AUGCUAGAUGAAGUGGAGAGCGAUUUGUCAAAAGCUGCAUUGUUGAUCAAUCAAUCACCAGAUGCCCAGAACCAAGCAAAGAAAUUGUAUGCACUGUUGACAACUUUGCUGCGUGAGCGUCCUCUUCAACUCCUUCGAUCUGCAGAGCAAGGGAACGGCUUUGAGGGAUGGAGGAUCUUGACUGCGACGCUGGCACCAGCUUCCAAAUCUCGAUCCUUGGCGCUGCUCGGAGCGAUCACUCAGUUCCCGGCAAUGAGCAACGCAAAUGUCCUCGAGCAGCUCUUGCGGCUCGAGGAGUUGUUUCGGAAGUACCAGCAAGCUGCAGGGAGUGAAGUACCGAAGGAGCUCAAGAGUGCGCUGCUUUUGCGAUCGUUGCCACAGUCAGUCAAGACACAUGUUUCCAUGACAUGCAGUGAAGACUGUUCAUACGACACCUUGCGUGAGACAGUGGUUCGUUGGGAGCGCAACACUCAGAAAUGGACCCAAAGUCAUUGGGGCAACGAGUGCUGGAUGAACAAUGGCAGGGUUCAGAACGUCUCGGAGGAUUGCUCAACUUCGGUUCCUAGCUCUUCGGCCAGUUCCGUGUCAAGUUCUGCCACAGCGUCCGUGAAGCGAGUAUUCAAUCUCACUGCUGAUGACCAUGUUCCCGAGACCUCGAUUUACACGAUCGCUGAAGAUGAGUCGGAGUGUGGGAGCAUAGAUUCGUGGUGGUGUAGGGUUGUACAGUGCUAUGACUUGCUUGAACAAGACGAUGAUGAGGUCAUCGAGUGUGAGAUGAACAGCUACAUAGUGCAUGACAUGACAACCACGGACACAUACUCCAGCGACCUCGAAUGGUUGGUGCGCGGAGUGACCCAGCAUUCGGAGGCAUCGGACACAUGGGAACACGAUUCGAAUUGUUGUGAGAUUGUGCUUGAUAGUGGGGCUGAUGUUUCGGUGAUGCCGGCGAGGUGGUUAGAGCAGGGCUAUGGUCUUGUUGCUGACAGCAAAGUGCGCAUGCAGGAUGCUCAAGGGCACACAAUGCCUUGUCAAGGUUCACGGGUGAUCACUUUGGACCUUGGAUCAAUCUGCGUCCAGGAGCAGUUCUAUGCAUCGGCGGUUUCGGCGCCGCUAAUGUCCUUAGGACGCCUGUUGAGGCAAGGCUGGAGCAUCGAACAACGCCAAGGUGGCUUGUGUUUAUGCAAUGCAUCCGAAGAGGUCGAGAUCCCGAUCUCAUUCAAGCGGAACAGCUUGGUUGUUCAAGCAAGUGUUCACCUGGUUGCAGCCUCAGAGCCCGAAUAUGAAGUCAGGCCCAUCGCUGCAGAGAGAGUGCAUGUGAAGCUGAACUUCCCUCUUGACCAUGUUGAUGGGGAAUGGGGUUUCUUGAGUUGCGGUGAGCCUGCCAUCCUCACGACCGGCAUGACCUUCGUUGAUCCCUCGCCCAAGAUGGGCAUUCAGCUUUGGAGGUUCCGCACAACAUGCAUCAAGAUUGGAGAUCAGUGGGAGAUGUGCGAAUUUCAGGAGCCCCUGGAGUACUGCGAGUCCUUGGAGGAAUUGUUACCCGGUGUGAUCAGACCAGUGCCCAUCUUGACCAUUAUGACCCGGACGGAGGCAACCCCUGAUCGGCUCGGCAUCGAGAUCCUCAGCGAGUUCAAGUUCAAGGCCCCGGAACCAUCCGAGGCACCUGAGUUUCCUGAGCCUGAAGUCAUUGACAUUCCCAUGCCACAACAAGAGGAUGAACCCCCUGUUCAAGCUCCUGCUGCUCCUCCUGGUGCUAUGCUUCAAGGUUCAAAGGCCCAGCUCUUUCGAAGGCGACCAAGCCGCCUGAACAUGAACCUCGAGCCCAAUCGACUCCGCCUACACCUUCUGAAGAAGAG